GCGGGGACGCCGGGAGUGGGGCGGGGAGAAGGCUUGUCAGUCGGAUCUCGCGAGAGAGGACGGAAGCCUGUGGGAGCCCGUGGCCUUUAAAGUGCGAUCCAGCCCUCUCCUCCGGGGCUAGUUUGUAAACACGGCGGGGCUCCGGGCUCGCGGGGGGGCUGAGAGGACCAUGAAUUAGUGACCUGGGAAGAGAUACUAGAUGGCAACUUGGGAAGUAUUGCUUGCUUAGCAAGAGCUUAGGGAUUCCUGUUAACAGAAUAAAACUCAUGGCCCACCAGCUACAAAGUGUCUUUGCCAUGAAACAGAGGACAUGAUAAACUGUUUAACUUAAUGAAAUUCAAGUUGCAUGUGAAUUCUGCCAGAUCCUGGAUUUAUGACUUAAAACUUUCCCACAGAGAAAACCCCAGGCUCAUAUAGCUUCACUGUUAAUUGGCUAAAGGUGGGCUCAGACUCUAUGCAAAUGUUAAACUAUUUUAUAUGAAGUACUUGAACAUCUGCAGGUUAUCUGUCUGCAAGAGAUACUGGAAAAGACCCUCACACCUUAGCUUCUCUGCUGGGAGAAGAGAUAAACCACGGACCUGUGGAAUAUGAGUGAUGACAAACCCUUUCUAUGCACUGCCCCUGGGUGUGGCCAGCGUUUUACCAACGAGGAUCAUUUGGCUGUCCAUAAACAUAAACAUGAGAUGACACUGAAAUUUGGUCCAGCACGUAAUGACAGUGUCAUUGUGGCUGAUCAGACUCCAACACCAACAAGAUUCCUAAAAAACUGUGAAGAAGUGGGUUUAUUUAAUGAGUUGGCAAGUCCAUUUGAGAAUGAAUUCAAGAAGGCUUCAGAAGAUGACAUUAAAAAAAUGCCUCUAGAUUUGUCCCCUCUUGCAACACCCAUCAUAAGAAGCAAAAUUGAGGAACCUUCUGUUGUAGAAACAACACACCAGGAUAGCCCAUUACCUCACCCCGAGUCUACUACCAGUGAUGAAAAGGAAGUACCAUUGGCACAAACUGCACAGCCCACAUCAGCUAUCGUUCGUCCAGCAUCAUUACAGGUUCCCAAUGUGCUGCUCACAAGUUCUGACUCAAGUGUAAUUAUUCAACAAGCAGUACCUUCACCAACCUCAAGUACUGUAAUCACCCAGGCACCAUCCUCUAACAGGCCAAUUGUUCCUGUACCAGGCCCAUUUCCUCUUCUAUUACAUCUUCCUAAUGGACAAACCAUGCCCGUUGCUAUUCCUGCAUCAAUUACAAGUUCUAAUGUGCAUGUUCCAGCUGCAGUCCCACUUGUUCGGCCCGUCACCAUGGUGCCCAGUGUUCCAGGAAUCCCAGGCCCUUCCUCUCCUCAACCAGUCCAGUCAGAAGCAAAAAUGAGAUUAAAAGCUGCUUUGACCCAGCAACACCCUCCAGUUACCAAUGGUGAUAGUGUAAAAGGCCAUGGCAGUGGAUUGGUUAGGACUCAAUCAGAAGAGUCUCGCCCACAGUCCUUGCAGCAGCCAGCCACCUCCACUACAGAAACUCCGGCUUCUCCAGCUCACACAACUCCACAGACCCAAAAUACAAGUGGCCGUCGAAGAAGAGCAGCU